AUGAUCAACAUGAUGUCUAGUCCAGCACGUCCAAUGGAUCUUGAUGAAGAUGAUUAUUUUCCAUCAACAAAUUUUCAAUGUCGACCAUUAUCUGAUGGUCAUCAUACACCUGUAACAAAAAUGAUUUUUUCACAUGAUCAUCAUUUUCAACAAACACCUAGAUUUUAUCGUAUUGUUCAUAAUCCAUUUGAUCCUCCAACAUCAGCUCAUCUUAAACAACGUCUUGCUAGUCCAAGUAUAUUUCGUGUACUUUCACAAAAUGAUGAUAAUGAUAAAACAAGUACAUCAACGUCUGUUUUUAAUUGGUCGAUUGAACAAUUAGCUGAAUUACAUCCAAGAAAAUUUUCUGAUGAAAAUAUUAUUCAAAUUGAUGCUGCUCUUUUUGAUGAAAAUUUAAUGCAACGUUAUCAACGUGCAGCAUAUGAGUUUUGUUCAAGUAAACUUCAUUUACCAACACCAGCUGCACCAAAUAAUCAACAAGAAAAAGCUUUAUCCAUGGAUGGUUAUGGAUAUUAUUGUGCAGCAUCAACAAUGCAUCCAAUGACAUCACCAUUUCCUCAUUUUGAUAUUAAAACAACAUCAUCCAUAUUUCAACGUGAUUUUCAAAGUCGACCACCUGUUGAUUUUGAUUCAUGUGUUAUGGAAGAAUAUGGUGAAAUACAAAAUACAUCACUUGAUACAAGUUUUAAUAAUACAAAUCAAUCAUCACAGUCAUCUCGUUUAUCAAAUGGUGGUGGACAAAAUAAUGUAUCAUUUCUUAAACGACGUUUAUUUGAAAAUGAAGAAGAAGAUGAUGUUAAUUUACUUCCUGAAGAUAGUGAUCAAUCUGGGCAUGCAUCUGGUAAUGUUACAAGUACUCAAAUGCCUAAAUUACCACCUCGAUGUGAUAGUGAAACAGAAGAUGAUCAUCGUAUAUCAAGUCCGUCUCAUCAACUUAGCAAACAACAAAUAAUAUCACCAAUAUUAACAUCAUCAUUUCCAUUCGAAGCCGAUUGUUCACCGAUAAAAAAAGAUUAA